UAAGAGGACUCGGCUCGCUGUACCCCUUUACUUUGCUUCGACUGAUCGUGCUGAGGAAGACGACACAAGAGGAGCCAUGAAGAUCACACUGCUGCAGGUUCUGGCGUGCGCUCUGGCUGCAUGUGCAGAUGUCGUUCCUGUGGGAGAUUUCAGCCUGGAGAAGAUUGCAGGGAAGUGGUACAUGGUCGGCUUCGCCACCAACGCUCAGUGGUUCAUCAAUCACAAAGACACAAUGAAGAUGGGAACUGCUAUGCUUGUGCCGACCGAAGGAGGAGACCUGGAUUUGUCUUAUGCCAAUCUGAAUGCUGAUGGGACCUGCUGGAGAAUGACUCACCUGGCCAAGAAAACCGACACUGCUGGACGCUUCACCUUCCACAGCCAGGCUUGGAACAAUGACAACGACAUGCGUUUUGUGGAUGUUGUGUAUGAUGACUACGCUCUGGUUCACACCAUCAAGACCAAAGAGGGAACAUCGGAGGUCCUCAACAAGCUUUACAGUCGUACUCCUGAGGUCAGUGAAGCCCUGCAGCAGAAGUUCAUUACGUUCUCUAUGGACACCGGCAUCUUAGCUGACAACAUCGCUUUCCUCCCUAAGAAUCAGGAAUGUCCCGAGGCCUAAAUGAUGGCAUGUUUCCCAGAGAAGUCCCCUCACUGUGAUGUCUGCUGCUUCACCGAGCUCCUCACAAACUCUGAUCACUGCUGCAAACCAAAGAUUUGAUUUCAGACGACAUAUUUCUCCUCAGCUCAGUGGAAUCACACAAAAGCAAUAAAAAUAGGUAACAUGGAAAAGAGCGCAUGACGUUGAAGGUCCUUUUUGUAACUGCUGAACUCCUUUUUUUGAGUUUUGUUCCUUUUUUUAAAUCAUC